CGUCAUCCGUCACAAAUUUUAGCAAGUAGCGAGAAUUUUAGUUGUUCUAUGAUUGAUGACGAAGAACAUAGCCUAAUCUCACGUCGAGUAAUAAGAUCUUCAAAUUUUCGCUCGAAACAUUUUCAGUGUCGUCAGUCGCUACUAACCGAAUUGUUCGAGAAAACCGAUAUUUCAAUACUUUGGAAUCUUUUUCUUGCAUUCUUUCUUUUACUUCAUUUGCUAACGAUAAUUGUCGAUUAUCUAUCCACUGGUAAUCCAUUUGAUCAUUUAUGGCUGAUAACCUGGAAUUUCAGCUAUUUUCCGCAAACAAUGUUCGUUUGGUGUUUAAUGGCGAUAAGCAUAUUAAUUCCUUAUUAUAUUUUAAAAUUCUGGAGUGAUAUACCGUCUAAAGAGAUAAAUUUCCUUCAACAACUCCCGUUUUUUUUCAUCUAUUUUUUCUAUUUAAUUCUAUUUUUUAUAUUAUCAUUAAAUUUCAUAUUUAAAAUGCGCUUAAAAUGUGCGUGCACAUUUAUUAUCACUUGUGAAAAUACUCGUAUCGCAAUGAAAAUCCAUUCAUUUAUUCGUGAAACGUUUCCUCUAGAUAUCACCGAUGAAAUUCAAUUUCCGACCGUUAGCCAACUUUACUAUUAUUUUUUUUGUCCAUCGUUCAUCUAUCGCGAUAAUUAUCCGCAAACGGCUAAACGAUCGUGGAAAACGAUUCUCAUUUAUUUUCUACAAAUUAUCGCUAUUAUUCUCUUCGUAAAUCUUAUUUUCAUACAAAUGAUUAUUCCAAAUUUUGCUAAAAUUCCAUGCUCAACGAUGAAUUUCGCGGAAUUUAUUCAAAGGAUAAUUAUUUCUAUAUUACCUGGUUUUUUUUGCCUUUUAUCCUUAUUUUAUGGACUUUUACAUUGUUGGUUAAACAUGUUUGCUGAAAUUCUUUAUUUUGGUGAUCGGCAAUUCUAUUCGAAUUGGUGGUUUUCGAAAAAUAUGGCUGAAUACUAUCGAAAUUGGAAUUUAGUUGUACACGAUUGGCUAUACACUUAUAUUUAUAAGGACAUCGCAAUUGUUGUGGGUGGAAAAACGGGUUUGAUUAUCGCCCAAAUAAUUGUUUUCUUUAUUUCGGCACUUUUUCAUGAAUACUGGUUCGGUGUUGCUUUACGAUUUUUUUAUCCAGUUAUGUUUGUCUUAUACUUUGUUUUUGGUGGAAUAUUCUUUUUAAUAUCGCGAUUCAUACGAAAUCUUUUCGUAUGGAAUACGAUUAUGUGGAUGAAUUUAUUAGUUGGUACUGGAAUAUUCGUUGCAUUGUAUAGCCAAGAGUGGUACGCAAGGCAGCGAUGUUCACCUCUGUUUGAUAAUGCAUUUCUAGAUUUUAUCAUACCGAGACAUUUGUGGUUCAGCGAAUAA